AUGAGGGGGAAGCUCCUCCGAAUCACCCACUACUACCGCGACUCACUCUGGGAGACAGCAGAGGGCUCGUACGUCCCCAACAGGGGCUUCCUGCCGGACCUGGUUGUACCCGACCCUGAUGCCGCACCUGCCCCGUCAGAUGGAGCAGCACCUGAAGAUUCACCUGAUGGCGGCUCCAGUGCUGCUGGGGCUGGAGAGGGGGAGGGCGAAGCGGGGCGGGGUGAGGGGAGGGGUGAUGAAGGGAGAGAGGACGUUGCCGGGGAUGGUACAGCAGCAGCAGGAGAGGGAGCAGCAGCAGCAGCAGCAGCAGCGGUGGCGGCAGCAGGAGAUACAUCAGAGGAACUGUCCAAUCACGUGCUGCCAUGUCGGCCACCCGGCACAACAGUGGACAUAAAGAAGUCGUCUCACAAGAAGCUGAGCAAGUGGCUGCAUGCCAAGGCUGUUGAUGGGCUGAUAAGCGGCAAGGAGGACAAGCACAGAAAGGAGUUCAUCCUCUCUUCCAUCAACUACCGCCACCCAACCCUCAUCGCCUUCACACCAGACUAG